AGCCCAGCCCAGCCCAGCCGAGCCGAGCGGAGGGAAGCAGAGCCGCCUCGGGGGGCGAGCGAGCGAGGAGGAUGGCGCCCUCCCGCUGCCGCUCGCCCUGCCCGUAGCCGCCCCGCGCAGGGACCGGCCAUGGGGCAGCGGCGGGGCUCCCUGCCCAACUUUCCCGUGCCCGGCCCGGGCGCCGGGGGCAGGAUGCGGGCUGCGGCGUGAGCAUGAAGAAGAAGGAGCGGCCGGAGCCGCCGCCGGGCGGCCAAGGGCAAGGGCAAGGGCCCGGCGGGCGGCGGCGCCGGCCCCUGCCGCUCCUGCCCUUCCUCUCGCUGCGCGACUACGGCUUGUGCAUGGCCGCGCUGCUGCUCUUCUGCCUCGGCUCCCUCUGCUACCAGCUCGGCGGCGGCCCCCCGCGCUUCCUGCUGGACCUCAGGCACUAUCUGGGAAAUUCCACUUAUUUGGAUGACCAUGGACCUCCCCCUCGGAAGGUACUUCCUUUCCCUAGCCAAGUGGUGUACAACAGAGUUGGAAAGUGUGGGAGUAGAACUGUGGUUUUACUUUUGAGGAUCCUCUCAGAGAAACACAGGUUCAACCUAGUCACAUCUGAUAUACAUAACAAAACUAGACUGACCAAAAGUGAACAGAUGGAACUGAUUAAAAAUAUAAGCACUGCUGAGCAACCCUAUUUAUUCACUAGACAUGUUCAUUUCCUCAACUUCUCAAGGUUUGGAGGAGAUCAGCCAGUGUACAUCAACAUUAUUAGAGAUCCGGUCAACCGAUUUUUAUCCAACUAUUUUUUUCGGCGAUUUGGAGACUGGAGAGGGGAACAGAAUCACAUGAUCCGUACUCCAAGCAUGAGACAAGAAGAAAGAUAUCUAGACAUUAAUGUAUGUAUUCUUGAAAAUUAUCCUGAGUGUUCCAAUCCCAGGUUAUUUUACAUCAUACCAUAUUUCUGUGGACAGCAUCCAAGAUGCAGGGAGCCUGGUGAAUGGGCCCUUGAAAGAGCAAAAUUGAACGUGAAUGAAAAUUUCCUGCUUGUGGGGAUUCUGGAAGAGUUGGAGGAUGUGCUGCUUUUACUGGAAAGAUUCUUACCUCACUAUUUUAAGGAUGUGCUCAGCAUUUACAAAAACCCAGAACAUAGGAAACUUGGCAAUCUGACUGUGACAGUGAAAAAGGCCGUCCCUUCUCCAGAAGCCCUCCAGAUUCUCUACCAGCGCAUGAGAUAUGAAUACGAAUUUUACUACUACGUCAAAGAGCAGUUCCACCUGCUAAAGCGCAAGUUUGGACUUAAAUCUCAUGUCAAUAAGCCACAUCCCAGACCAGAAUUUUUUAUUCCUUCUCCUCUGGAAACUGAAGAACCAAUAGAUGAAGAGGAGGAAGAUGAUGAAAAAUGGCUAGAGGAUAUCUAUAAAAGGUGAUAGAAGCACCAGGCUUUUCUCCGGUGACCCCUUCAGCUUUCUUAAGAUUUUUUUAUUAUUAAAAAUAAUUCCUUAAGGAACUGGGUUAAUGCGCAGAAGCAUUUAAAAUAAAACAAGCAAACAUUCCCACAUGUUGGGGUGAUUGGAAAAUACCCGGUUUUGCGGGUGUUAUUUGUUUAGAUUUAUUAUACUUUCCUUGGCUCAGUAGGAUCCCAGGUAAGAAAUAAUUUAAGACAGAACCAUCUAUUUUCUUGUCACAAAAUAACUUUUGCAGUGUAUAGUAUUGCUCUGUACACUGCCUGUUCGCAAAAUACUAGCAGAAGCGUGGAUCACAUUAGACAUCAUUUACAAAGUAACUGUCAUAAAAUCUCUCUCAGUAAUAAGUCUUAAUACCAUGCCUAUUGUUACUGCAUUGAGUACAAAUGGUAACAAUAGCUCUAAUCAUAUGACAACAUUUUACGUUCAAAGUGUAUUGGAUUAAAAACAAAUUAAGUAGUCACUCCUGAGCAGGCUUCAGUAGGAAGAGUACAAUCUGGUCUUCUAGCAAAGUGUAUUCAUGGAGAGAAACCAUUAAAGAAUCCUGCUAACUAGAAAAGCACAAAGAAACAACAGAGUGAGCAGAUAUACCAGUGGAGCUGAUUGAUAUGGCUGGAUGAAAGGCCAAGGAGAUGGCAUCAUGCAAAUUUGGUAAUUUUGGUUCUGCAGCUGUAAGUGUUGCUUUAAAGGGAAAAGUUUAGCACAUUGUCUUUAUCCUAAAGGCAAUAAAUUGUAUACUGUUACCAUACCUAUACUGAGACACAGAGGAGCUAAAAAUGAUGUGUAUCUUCUUCCUUUAGCAUAAGCAACAUUUCUGUGGCUAUAAUUUUUAUAAAGCUCUACAUUUAAAACAAGUAACAGAAUUACAGUGCAACAUAAGUAAUGAUGGUCUAAAAGUAUGGCUGGAUGGGACUUCAGGAGGUCAUCUAAUCCAAUCCCCUGCUCAAGACAGGAUCAUCCCAGUCUAAACCAUUCAAGUCAAGUGUUUACCUAACCUGCUCUUGAAAACUUCCAACCUUCUAGGUAACCUGUUCCAGUGUUUAUGCACCUUCAUAUUAAGAAAAUUCUUCCUAAUAUCUAAGCUAAAUUUCCCUUGCUGCAGUUUAAAACCAUUGUUCUUUGUCCUAGCCCCUGCAGCCACAGAAGAUAGAUUAUCGCCCUCAGAUUUAUAAACACUCUUCAAGUAUUUGAAAACUGUUGUCAAAUCCCACAUCAGCCUUUCAUCCUCUAAACUAAAUUAUUCUUGUUAUUUUGGCCUUUCCUCAUAAGUGAUGUUUCCAGACCUUUUCUCAUUUUUGUGGUCCUCUGCUGGACUCUUUAUUUGCCCAUGUCUUUCUUGAAGUGCUGUGCCCCAAACUGGUCAUGGUACUCCAGCAGAAGUUUCACUUCUCUUGACUUGCAAAUAACAUUUCUGUUAAUACAACCCAGCAUGCUAUUGGCUUGUUUGCAACAAGAGCACAUUGUUGGGUUGUGUUCCAUUUUUGGUUCACUGUAGACCCUAAGUCCUUUCUGAUAGUACUUCAACUUAGCUGGUCAUUUUUUUGGUUCAUAUCUGUGCAUACAAUUGCUUUUUCCCAAGUGCAGGACUUUGCACUUUGUCCUUACUUAGUUUUAUUAGAUUAAUUUUGGACCAUUUCUCCAGUUUAUUAAGAUUAAUUUGAAUCCUUAUCCUAUCCUCCAAAUUGUCUGCACCUCCACACAGCUUGGAGUCAUCCACAAAUUUGCUAAGUGUGCACUCAGUCCCAUCCCUUACAUCAUUAAUGACUACACUGGACCCUGGGGACCCCCACUUUGAUACUUCCUUCCAACUAAUCAGGCUCAUCAAACCAGUGAUAAUUAUUCUUUUAUAACAGUGAUCCAACCAGUAAUAUAGCUACCUUAAAAUUCUUUCAGACAGACUUUACUUUCUUAGCUUCUUUAUCUUGAGAGGUCUGAUUAUAUAUCUUAUGUAUCACAUAAUAAUAAAAUAAAACAACGGGAAAAAGAAUAUCCAUAUAGCAGUAAAAAACAAAAUUAAAUAAUAUGUUGUUAGACAUUGUGCAUACAUUGGAAAACAUUGUGACUAAGUACAGACCAUCAAGAAGCCCAAGGCUGAAUCAAUUCAGUCUUUGCAGGUUAGUCUAAACUGCAGAGAUUCAAUUGAGAAACAACUAGACAGACAUUCACUUUUGAUUCAGGAAAUGCAGCCACAUGUCUGCAAUGGCUCAGGCCAGAAGCCGGAGGGUGCUUAGAGCAUGGCUUUCUGGCACACAGCCAGCCUGGGCUGUAGGUUUGCUUCCUCUUUCUCCUGCCCCUGAGGUCUCUGGGACCUACAUUCCAUAAUUACAGUAGUAGGACUCUGCAGAGUUGCUCAUCACUUCCUCUUCCUGCUUCCAGAUGCCUCUGGGAUUUAUAGUCCACAGUCACUGCCAGCAGUAAGUUUAACAGAGCAGGGCAGCUUUGUACUCAGGGGAAGGGAAGUUUAACCCCACCCUCCCUGGUCCCAGACUCCAGUUGGAGUUUGCCUAGGGGAGACAGUCCCUGCCUCCCACUCCCUCCCCGCUUCUCUGCUGGAUCAGAUAGCACAGCCCAGGCCAGGGCUGCAAAGCAUGCUGGGAUGCUGGGGGACUGUGAUUUAACUUGAACCAGGAAGGGGUCUGGGACAGAAGUUUCAUAAACUGUUUAACCCAAAUCAGUUAAGUCUGAUACUGCAUUCAGUCAGGUUUAUCUUAAACUAGUUUAGCUAUUUUGAAACUGGUUGAUGAGCACUUAACUUCCAUUCUGUUACAGGUUUAAACCAGUCUCUGAUAAUUUAAACCAGUUUAUGUGUAACUUCUGUCUGUAGCCUGUAAGAGUUUAGCAUUAGUCGCAGCAGUAAGAUGAAGAAACACCAGAAAGUGGACUGAGCAGUGCUAGAUGAAAUGGGAAUGGCUCCAAUAAGUAGCAUAUUUAAGGUACCCCAUUGAUUUCUGGCAAUUUUUGUAAGGUUAUGAACUAGAUUGUUAUCUGGACUAUGUGACCAUACAAGGGAGCAAAUACGUUUCAUGCACUCUAAAGCAGACAACUCAAAUCUUGGGUCCAUGCACAUAGGAAUAACUAGAGCUACUCAUCUAUACAGUCCCUCCUUUGAGCCAAUGUGUGGGGAAUGGAUGGUGCUUUGGCUUUAUGUGUAUAUUUGCUAACCAGAGUAGAUGACCCAGUACAAGGUCAGCAGUAGGAAGCUACUAUAAGGAAGAAAUAGAAGAGGAAUUGUGACUCAGAAGGGUGUGUGCCAGUUAAGAUGUCUCCAAGCAUCACUUUUGGGGUGAUGCAACUUGGGCACCAUACCUUGAACAGGGCUAUGCCUAAAUUCCUGAACUUUUCAUGGCAGUUUUUGCUUCUUCCUUUUGGUGGUUGCUUUAGAGGAGUUCAACUACGUGGAUGUUGUCAGCCAAAUGGUCCUUCAUUUUGAACUAAAAAAGCAAAAGUUAUUUUGUGAUUGAUGAGGUGUGCAUACUGGGCCAAGCUCUGAGGGGCUUUUCGUCCUUCGUGAGCCUGCAAGGAGCCAAUAAAUGUGGUGGACCAUCUUGAUCAACCAAUCAGCCUAUAAUGUACUCAGUUGCAGAGAAUGGAAAUAAAGAAGUGAAAUCGUAUUAAGACAAGAUGAUGAUCUACAAAAAACAUACCUGGAGGGACUUUAUUCUCACGUCUCACAUCCCCGCUUUAUGGUACCAAUGUACUACCAUGAAGAAACAAAUUAAAGAAAGCUGGAGAUGGCAUAGAGAACAACUAACAUAGUAGCUAAAAUAUGAAUCUGCUACAUUGUACAUUUUAAGUGGUUUCUAUGAAAUUACAUUGAAAGAGUAAUGAUUAGUUUACACACUGUGGAAUUGUUGUUAUAUUUUGGAAAGAAAAUUAAUAUUCUCACCUUUUAAAAGUUGUUUGAAUUUUUUUGCCAGUGUCAUGAUGCAAUAAUCAGUCAUUUAACACAUUCACCCUUCCUGCAAGUUCAUUGCCGCUUACUGUAGAGUCUAUUUUUAUCUGUUUAUUUAAUGGUAUUUUCAGCGUUACUUAUAACCUAAAUACAAAACUGUUAAAUGAUUUGUUCGCUAGGUUUUCAUGUUGUUAUAUUUUUCCUAACAAUCAACCUGGCCUCUUCUCAUUGAAUGGUACUUCAUAACUUUUUUUGGCACAUAUGCUUUUAAGAUUCCUGGUCUUACAGCCCAUUUGUAUGUCAUGAAACAUAUUAUAUAUUUUACUUAAAUGUUUAAAAGUACAUUUUAAGCUGGUUAACCUUUGAUUUAUUUAUUAUAAAUUUUCAGCACAUUCCAAAUUCUAAGUUGCUCAGGAAGAAGUCGAUUUAAAUGAUGUUAUUUUGGUCUGAUGGAUAUUUCUUGUUCAAAAACAGAAAUCACUGUUUGUAAGCCUUCAGGCAACAACAGCAUUGUAGGAAGUGCCGUAUAUGUACUUGUAAAUCUUUUUGUGGGGCAAAAAGUUGGGUGCUUGGCAUUUAUGAAAAUAAGAAAACAUAUAUGUACAUUUAGCUUAGCUUUAAAUGGAAACAACGUAUGGUUUGAGAUGAAAUAUUCUUUAAUUUAUUCACUACCCUCUCUUAGAUCCUAAAAUAUAAACAAGCCAUAUGUUUCUUUAUUUUUACUCCAAAAAUAAAAUGUAUAGAGUUCUUCACAGCACCAUAAUCUAUUUGGUUACCCACAUUUUCCUUGUCUGGAUAUAAUGUCCAUAGGUGGCACUUUAUCUGGAAUCUCACCCAGUAGAACAGUAUUUUACACAGCAUGGUGUAUUAUCUAAAGGCCAUACUUCAGCAGAGAGAUUCAGGCAGGAUGUUUCUGGGUGUUUACUCUACCCCUGAAUAGUCUUGAGGCCAAAGGCCAAGUUACUUAACCACCUGAAAAGUGCAGUAAAUACCCAGAAAUGCACUGUCUGGUGAACUUUAUUGCUGUUACAUAGAAUUUAUUUUUUUGCCUAAGGGAAACAGCUUAUGACCCAUGCACUGCAUUUCACUAGACAUUAUAGACAUGGGUAAAAUGCUGUUUCAUAGCCAAGCUAAAAAGUUUCUGUUGUGUUCAAAGCCAUUUCAUAAUGUAAUAGUGAAUUCACACUAAAGAAAAAAUAAAUCAUUGUUAUAGUGCAGCAUUAUGGAAAAAUAAAUUUUAGCUCUAAACCUCAAAUGACAAUGAUAAAUGUUGCAUUUUUGUUAUUUCUCUAAUAUAUAAACUGUUCUAAUGAGACUUGUCUAAGUUGAAAAAUCUAAAAUGUACUCACAGUAAGAGUACUAGUGUAGCAAAACUGAAUGCAUAGAUAAUGAAUGGUACAAUUGAAGUCCUUUGGACAGAAGUUUGUUAGUCUUUUUCUUACCUGGUAUUUGUAAUAAAUUGCUUAGGUUUUGUUGUAUAGUUUGGUAAUCAGUGCCAUGAAAAUAUUAAGCAGAACGAUGAUCUUUGACCAUUGGAAUAUAGAUUUGCUUUGCUUAUUCUAGUUGUUAAAAGCCAUUGAAGUCUGACUCUUACCAAUAUUUAUUGCAGUAAAGCUAACUUCAGUGGAAGGGUGCAACUUUUGUACUGAUGAGGGAGAUCACGUUGAAUGGCAUUUUGGUCACUCCCCCUUCCCUCCCCUCCCACCCCCCCAAAAAAAAAUCAGCAGCUGAUGGCCACCAGAAAGUACAUCUGGAAAAAAAAAAUACUAUACAAAAUAAAGACCUGUAAUUUACAACUACA